AUGCCGCGUCCAGUCACCGAAGUUGUCACUCUCACUUUGCAGCCCGAAGCGAACGCUGAUGAGGUCAUUAGUGGAUGGGACGACAUCUCCUAUCAUAAGGCAUUCGAGCAGUCUGAGACAGACUUCGCUGCGGCCGGAGCAUUUCUGGGGCCCGUCAUUACGGAUCCUCCGUUUAUGUUCCACGUAUAUCUCGACCCAGUCGAGCGUGAGAGAAUCUUGAGCGCUCCUAUUAUCGAGGUCGCCACUUUCUUCUCAGUCCCCAAGGGUUACUCCGACGAGGGCGAGAAGCUCUUGAGGAUUCUAGGAUCGUUUCAGGGAGGUCUAGGUUUCCUUCAUGCGGAAAUCGUCGAAGACAUCGCUGUGGAGGGGAUCAACCCUAAAGGAAUUGGAUGGUUUAAUUUUCUGGCCUGGGAAUCAACUGCCCAACACGUGGCAGCGAAAGAGUCGGACGCCGUACAAGGUAGCAUACACUUGAUCAGAGGAGAAGGCCAGAUGGGUGAAAUUGAGCGGCACUACGUUAAGUUCACAGGGGCUUAA